UGGAAAUCGUUAUUCUUCUGAAAACCAUCGGAGUGCAGGAUAUUCUCUAAUGGAAAGAUAAAGUAUCUGACAGCACUAUGUAACGGGAUCAAUGGCAGUACAGUCGAUUCUGCUUUAUACCUGGAUUUGGGAAUUUCUUUGAUACUUCUGCAUUGGAGAAAACUGUCAAUACUACAGAAUUGACAUGGCCAACAUGAAACCACGCAGUGAGGAUGAUGAUGAGGAGCUUCAUUCCACAGACCCUGACAAGGAAACCAAGCACUCAAAAAAGAUGCUCAGCAGAGUGAAAUGGUCCAGAGAAGAGGAUGACAAACUUAAGAAACUUGUUGAGCAGCAUGGCGCAGACGCAUGGAAAACAAUUGCUAAUUAUUUUCCGACGAGGACAGAUGGUCAAUGUCAGCACCGCUGGCAGAAAGUCCUCAACCCAGAGCUGGUGAAAGGGCCCUGGACAAAAGAGGAGGAUCAGAGGGUGAUAGAGCUGGUGCACAAGUAUGGCCCCAAACGAUGGUCAAUCAUUGCUAAGCACCUGCAAGGCCGCAUAGGCAAGCAGUGUCGAGAACGCUGGCACAACCAUCUCAACCCUGAGGUGAAAAAGUCCUCCUGGACCCAGGAAGAGGAUCACAUCAUCUAUGAAGCUCACGAGCGCCUUGGUAACCGUUGGGCUGAGAUCUCAAAGCUGCUACCAGGAAGGACAGACAACUCUAUUAAGAACCACUGGAACUCCACGAUGCGCAGGAAGGUGGAGCACGAGGGUUAUUUGCAGGAGGGCGGCAAGAGCUUCCUUACCGAACAGCCUUUGAAAAGACGUCACAAGACUUGCCCUCCUGCAGAGCAUCUGAAUACUCAGCUUCUGAUCAAUGGCCAGUCCCAGCUGUCAGAAUAUUUGUAUGGCUCUGUGAGUGGGCAGGGUAUGGACAGCAUCACAGAGAGCUCGAGCUUCAUAUCGAUCCCAGAGAGCUACUCCAGCUGGUCAGACAGCCUCCCGGAUGAUACCGUGAACACCACGGGGAGUCCAGAGCAGACGAAUGGUGAGCUGUGUCGAUCAGAAAAAGGCUGCACUCCGGUUGUACCUCUGCAAGUUUCUCCUAGCAAAUUCCUUGCAGCCGAGGCCAGUGCUGUGCUGUCCAGCCUGGGGACUAUUCCUGAUUUUGCAGAAACUAUCAGCCUCAUUGACUCGGAUCCUGUGACCUGGAGCGAUGUGGCAAGUUUUGACUUAUCUGAAUCUGUGAGCCUUCCAAAGCCUUCUGUUCUUGGUAGGGCAUACCCAACUCCAGAAAGCAGUAGAGAUGAUGCUGGUUACCAUCUCAGUGCCCCUGCUCCCUGCAGGCUCCGUUUUGGACUGGGAAAGGGGAAACCUAGCCCCCAAAGUACACCCUGCAUGAUUAAAUUCAGCUCUCCUCCACUGUCCAUGCAAAGGAAGAAGACGAACGAAAGAUCUGAGUCACCCACUAGUGACAGAAUCUGUGGCUCUUUCAUAGACGACACCAACAGCUCACCCAAAAACACACCAGUCAAGGGGCUUCCAUUCUCCCCUUCUCAGUUCUUUAACAUAUCGGGGGCUGAGCAUUUAAACCUGGACAAUCCUGCACUUACGUCCACCCCUGUGUGCGCACAGAAGAACUUCCCCAGCACACCUCAACAGAGGGAAACCACACCCAAACACGAGAAAGAGAAUGCUGGUUUCAGGACCCCUAAGAUCCGUAAAUCAAUAGUAAGCCAUACACCGAGGACACCCACUCCCUUCAAAAAUGCCCUGGCAGCACAAGAGAAGAUGCAUGGACCAUUAAAAAUGGUGCCUCAGCCACUGGCUUUCCUAGAGGAGGACAUUAGAGAAGUGUUGAAGGAGGAAACAGGGACAGACAUCUUUACUCAUAAUAGGCUGUAUGAGGUGGAUGCUCCUGCCAGGAAGGUUAGGAAGUCGUUGCUGUUGGACAGCUGGGGAAAAGACUCUCUCAGUGUUCAACUGUUUCCUCAGCAACAGCUCAGCAAUAAUGAUCCAUCUCAUAAUGAUGGCUUGCUGAGCAGUGCUCUGCUGAUGACCCCCCUGGCAGAGGGAGAGGAGCACACUUACUCACUAAAAAUGGAUGACCACCUUCCCAUUUGCUCCAUUAGCACUCCUGGAAAAAAAGAGUUGCACACACACAGAAGCCCAGUCUACCAAACGUCUGCUCAGCCUCAUGUGGCCAACGAGUGGGAGGCAGUGGUGUUCGGGAAGACAGAGGACCAGCUGAUCAUGACAGAACAAGCCAGGCUAUACAUGACCUCCUCCCAGCUGUCCUCCUGCACUUCCAGAGCUCUGGUGCUGUGAGCUCCAGCUCCUCCCUGCUUCCUACAGCGGCAGUCCCCGAGCCGUUCUACGCACUUCACCUUUAGACAAUCUGGUGUAGGAGACAAAAUGUUCACCUUUUUGUAUAUGCUUGCUAAAGACGUAACUAUAUGAUGUUAAAUUGCAGAAUACUUUAAUCCAUGAUGAGGCACACUAGACACGACUGUGAUUUAGUACUUUGUAAAAGAAAGCAACUUUCUUUUUAACAAAUAUUUUUUAAAUUUCUAUUUAUGUAUCGUCCUCCUAUUCUCCCAAUUUAAACAUCUGCCCUGGAUA